AUGUGCAUCAUCCUCCCUGUCGAUCACCUCCCUUGCACUCAUACUGUUGCUAUCUGGCAACAUUGUAUCAACGCGCCUCGCUCCAAGAUUCACGGCCUAGCUCCUUGCUCGCAUAUUCGACAGCAUCCCAGACCUAUCCUCACGAGGAAGCUGUGUUUUCACUGUGGGGGGCCAAGGUUCUUUGCAAGAAGGGGUGGAAUUGCGGAAAGAGGGAAGGGAAGUGGAAGUGCGGGUUUGAGGAAGAAAGUGAGUCUUGGUGAUCCCGAAGACUCAGGGUACCAUAGCGACUCUAUUAUCGGGGAAGAUGAAGUAGAGGACGACUGGAAUGGCAAUGAGAAUAACGAGGAUGAGCAGGAGAAUGAAAACUGUAGUCCCUGCCACAAACGCCCCCAUCGCUCAUUCUCUCAAACCAUUCACGCAAGGCGAGAAAACGAGAAAGAAAGGAACGAGACCAGGAGAAAGCCAGAGGCGAUCCCAACACGCAAACCCUCUUGGCGCCCGAAUCUCAAAGCUGAGCUCGCUAAAAUGCAACCCCGUCCAUCGCCCUUCCCUCGCCGCGAAUCCAACGACUCGCAGUUCGAAGACGGCAUCGGACGCGCAAGACGGUCAAACUGGCCUUCUCUGUACUCUUCCACUGAAUCCCCACUCGCGCCAAACCCUCUCAGGUGCCGUCGAAACGCUGACUCCUUCCCCGUUCUCCAAACCAGUAUAAUCAACACCAGCUCGCACAACCCGCUCCAGGACUUAUCCCCAUCAUCAAUAUACUCAUCCCACUUCGCCUCGGAUUCAGACGUAGAGUCCGACUCUGAACACGGGGAAAAUGAGCUGAAUGAUGGAUACGGAAACCCAGCUUCCUUCCUCCAACACGAAAGCACUGAUGUUUUCCACGACGAUAACGAACCCAGCACAUCUGUAAUCCUAGCGCAAUCUGCGAAGAUGGCGAGAGCAAGUCGAAUCGAGUUUCAUGGAGCACAAGUGCGCGUUCUACGAAUUUGAUAUAGUAUGCCUGUUUGUAUUC